GUAACAGGGAAAUCCUCAACACAUUUUACCCAUCAAGUUUGGUUUGCGAGGGAUCGUAUUCGUACCACCGGCCGGACGAUAGACCGCAACCUCGGUACUGCUCAAGGUACGGAGUAGACACAUGACACAUUCCAGAAGGGGCAUUGGCGCCGCGCCGCUAUCAUCCAAAACUCCACUGAGACGAUGAGACAUGGCGCACGCAAAAACUCAGACAUCGGCCGAGACAUGGAAUAAAAAAAUAUUCAGGUGACGUUCCCAGCAAACUGGCUCAACUCAAUGGACCGACAGCGGGAUGACGGGCUCCCGCAGCCUCUGCCGCAGCCUCAGCCGAGCAGCGAGAACAAACACCAACACGAUGGGAUCCCACAGCGCGUCGCCAUCAUUGGCACAGGCCUCGCCGGGCUGUCCACCGCCUAUCUGUUGCACAACGACGGGCACAAGCGCUAUGCGGUGACGCUCUUCGAACAGGCCGCCAGCCUCUCCUUCGACUCGGCCUCGGUCGCCGUCAGAAACACCAAGGCGGGCAUCACCGAGCGCGUCGACCUGCCCAUGCGCGCCGCCGCGGGGGGCUACUACGAGAACCUCCUGCGCCUGUACCGCCACCUGCGCAUUCCGCUGCACCCCAUCCGCUUCCUAUUCGUCUUCGCCCGGGCGAGCGCCGAUGGCCCGACGAAGCUCAACAAACGCGCCGACGAGACCGACGCCGAACACGCGGCCGCUGCGCCGGGCGCGUACUUUGUGCAUGCCUCGAACCUCCACCAGAUGCCGCCGCCGUGGCCUGGUACCCGUGGCGUGGUGCCGCACUUGGUCGAGAUCCUGUACCUGAUCGUCUGCCACUUCUGGUUCUCCGUCGCCUGCUUCGCCAUCCAGCCGCUGGCGGCCACGGCGUCGUGCGACGGAGGCGAGUCGUUCGCCGACUAUCUCCACCGGAUAUGGCUGCCGCGCCGAUACGUGUCGCACUACCUGGUGCCCCUGAUCAGCAGCGUGUCGACGUGCUCCCACGCCGAGCUGCUCGCGUUCCCGGCCAGCGACGUGGUCAACUACAAGAAGAUGUCGCACGGCCACCAGCACUACACCGUCUGCGGGGGAGUCAGUCAGGUGCAGUCGAGGCUGGCUGAGGGAUUGGACGAUAUUCGGCUCAGCACCCGUGUCGUCGAGGUGGUGCCGGGAGCGAAUCGAGGCGUAACUGUGCGCUGGCAGUCGACGGAUGGGUCGUCCCAGAUUACGGAACAGGCGUUUGAUCGCGUCGUCCUCGCCGUGUCGCCGGAUGUUGCAGGCAGCAUCUUCAAGCCAUUGAGGUCGAUACUCAACAAGAUUCCCACGCUUCGCGUCGAAAGCUCCGUCUUGCGCCCCGAGCGGGAGCCGGCCAACUUCAAAGUCGACGACAGCGCCGGCCACGGGCCUAUGACGUGCGCGCAUCAUCUCGGCGACACUUCUCCAUCGCAGGUCAUUACGCUGCGGACGCGUUUUUCCGAGACAAACGGUUCGCAGACGGAGGCCUUGCACAUCAUGCCCAGCGGAGUCGUCGUCAGCACAUGUCCUCUCGACGGGACUGCCGAUAUGAAGCAAUCCCUCAAGACGGCUAGAUUCACGAGAACAUUGCGAAGCACGGAGAGCAGAGCAGCAGUCGAGAAGAUCAUGAGCCGUUCAAAAGGGAUCGCUAAGAAGGUAGAUGGGGACGCGACGGCGUGGGUGAAUGGCGAGGAUAAUGUAUGGUUAACGGGCGCCUGGUGCUGGGACGGCAUGGUUCUGCUGGAAGGAUGCAUCGUGUCCGCGAUGAGACCGACAGCCUCAACCACAACCAUGGGGUCGUUCCAGGGCCAAGACUUUGCAGUGGGAUUUGUGGCGGGCAUCGCAUUCAUCUUGGUUCUCGCUGCAAUUGCAUCGGUUACCGUCCUGCAGAUGACUGACAGAUAUGGUCUGGGUCACUGGAAGCUGAAUAUCGACACGCCUCUGAAAUCUAUGUGGAUGAAUGUAGGCUACUGGCAAAACUCACAAGGACAACCUGUUCAAAACUUCGAAGAAGCAUGCCUCGGCCUCCUCAAAGAAGUCGUGAAAGCAUCCGGCAUCCUAGAUCGGGAGACCGCAAAGGAAACACCGCGCGGGUCCCUGGCGAUUCUGGAUCUUGGCUUUGGCUGCGGCGACCAGACCUGGGAACUCGCACGCCUCGCCCAGCAGGGAGGCUGGCUCGAGUUCCAGUACGUAGGACUCACCCUUAACGAGGCCCAAGUCCAGGCGUCGCAGCGCAAAAUCUACCGCGAAGUUGCAGCUGCCGACGGAUGCGAUUUCAAGACGGAUUCGUUCAAGCUCUUCCGCGCCAACGCUGCAAAGCCGGAGACGUGGAGUCCGCAAGUCACCGAAGCUGUGGAGUCACUGGCUGAUGAGAAGUUUACCGAAACGUGGCUCCUUGCGCUGGACUGUCUGUACCACUUCUCUCCCUCGAGGAAGCCCAUCUUCAAGUAUGCAGCCAACAGCAUCGACGCUCAGGUCAUGGUUUUCGAUCUUCUUCUAAACGAGAAGGCUUCCGUGCGGGACACGCUGAUCGUGAGGGCUAUUGGCAUCAUGAUGGGAUGCCCGGUGCGGACCUUCCUGACAGAGAAUGAGUACAAGGACCAGCUGGUCGACUGCGGUUACGAACUGAGGUCGAUCAAGAUCCGCGAGGUCACUGAGGAUGUGUUUUCAGGUCUGGUCAAGUACUUGGACCGUCAGGAUCGAGCACUGGGGGAGUAUGGCAUCUCGUUGGGUGGUUUUAAGCUAGCACAAAGAUUGUUUGAUUGGUUUGCUAGGUCUCAUGUAGUCAAGGCUGUCAUUGUAGUCGCUCAUACCAAAGGAAAAUCGAGCUAG